AUGUUCUUCUUCUUCGUGGGAGGCGUCGAGCAGCAGGUGGCCCGGGUGCUGAAGGAGGGCGCCGGGAGAUGCUUCGCCUGUGGAUCUCAGGCUGAUCUGGUGGAGGUCGAGAAGGUCCUGAAGCUGUUCUUCGUCCCCGUUUGGCGGUGGCCGGGGAAGGAUCCCGCAAUGAGGUGCGAAAACUGCCGCUCAAUUUUCCCCUCCUCCUUCUCCCUGCCGCCCGCCGGCGCCACCGGCGAGGAGUCCUCCGCCGCCGCAGCCUCUUCUGGCCUGUCGCCGUUGCUCAAGUGCUACUCCUGCGACCGCCCGGUGGAGCGCGGCUUCCGUUUCUGCCCCUUCUGCGGCACCGCCCUGUAG